AUGGCGGACAGCGAAGUUUCUGUGCAAUCGAGCUGCGAAUCUUUUGGCAUUUCCUCUGAUUUCUCGGACUUUUCUGCGGCUGAAUACUUGUCAGAGACUGAGGAAAUAUUUAUAGACCAGUCAGGUGUCGAAAGACCAGCCAUCGGGGUGCUACCGUACCAGUUUGAGCCGGAAUAUGACGCGGACGAUCCGGAGGCAGAAAUGCAAGUCGAAGUUGAAGACGAUGAAGACGAUGCGCGGCGACUGGUUGAUUUGAAUUAUUGGUGCAGCUGUGGAAACUGUCAGAUCAUGGAGACAGCACUAGAAUGCAGAUGUUGCCAGACUAUGAACAUAGUCCAGCAAAAGCUCACUGACCCCUUGAUCGAAGGUGCUGAUUUCAAGUGUGUGACAGAACACCCGGGUUUUGAAGGAGCCUGCCUAAAUAUAUGGGCGUUGGAAGUUGCUUUCCUAACAUUCAAAGCACAGCAAGGGAAUCACGCCCCAGAUGGACCAAAUCAUGAGAGGUAUCGAUAUGUAGCAUACCGUCAAUUUGUGCGUUGGUGCUGGGGAGUCUUGGGAAAAAAGAUCCGGGUCGUCCUACCCUCAUGUACAGUGACUGUCAUUAGGAAUGCCUUUCAAUCGGACACAUACAAGGGUUUCAAACUGCCAAAUAUGGAUCAGGAGGACUAAGAAUGAACUUACGUUGAGUUGAAGCGCUUGGACCAAUUUGCGACGGCUUCUUGCUUGUUCGGACGCACAUACUUUGUUGCCAGUGGUGGUGGGACAUUGAUGUCAUCAAGAACUUUGUCAAAUUUUGCUGGGUCACAUACAACUUCAUCGCACAGUUUCUCCAUCAGAUCUGUGAGGUAUCCUGAAAAAGACAAUCGAUUACUGUAGUGUAA